UCUGUCAUGUGAUCAGCUGUGUCCAAUCACAGCUGAUCACAUGAGAGCCAGUAAUUGGCCUUCCUCAGAGGGGACAUCUACAAUGAUCAUCAGGGCACUGAUGAUCAGUGCCCUGAUGAUCAGCGUAGCCCCAUCAGUGCCCAUCAAUGCCACCUGUCAGUGCCCAUCAAUGCCACAUAUCAGUGCCUACCAGUGCACAUCAAUGCCACAUAUCAUUGCCCAUCUGAGCUACCUUUCAGUGCCACCUAUCAGUGCCAGUCAGUGCCACCUAUCAGUGCUGCCAAUCAGAGCCCGUCAGUGCCGCAUAACAGUUCCAAUCAGUGCCGCCUAUCAGUGCAGCCUCAUUAGCGCACAUUAG